CCCAUAUAUUAUUACUAAUAUUGAAACAUGUUUGAUUAUUUCAACCAAGCUGUGGAUUCAGGACCUCUAAAGAACAUCAUAACUUUUGUAAAGCAGCUCAAACCGACCAAGAACUACACCAUCUCUGGGAUAAAUAUCGGCCAAGAGGACAUUAUCUCAGAAGGAGGCUACGGAUAUGUCUAUCUUGCUCAUGAGAAGGACAAUUACGAUAAGAAAUACGCUUUGAAGAAAAUCAUGGUCCAAGAUAGCAUAAACCAAGAGGCUGUCAGAAGGGAGGUAGGUCUCUGGUCGGAGCUGGAGCCUAGCGACAAUAUUUGUAGUUAUCUCGGCCAUAUCGAGGAGUACAAUGACGAUAGCAAGCAAGUAAUUAUUUUGUGUGAGUACUGAGAUGGUGGCACUUUGAUUGACCUCCUUCAGAGACAUAAGCUCAAACUUAUUGAGGAGCAAAUUAUUUAUGUUAUGAAUCAAAUUGCUCAAGGGAUGAAAGUCAUGCAUGAACAUUCUCCUCCAAUAGCUCAUAGAGAUGUGAAAGUAGAGAAUAUUCUUAUGAAAGGUGAACAUUUCAAAUUAGCAGAUUUUGGUUCUUGUUCGACUGAUACUCUUGAUUAUGAAUCAAAUAGCAAAAGAGUUAUUGCUGAAAAGAUGGAACUAUUUGAAAAAUAUACCACUCUCAUGUACAGACCUCCUGAAAUGAUUGAUCAAUACCAAAAAUACCCAGUAGGAACUCAAGUUGAUAUUUGGAUGCUCGGGUGAGUUUUAUUCACUCUUUGCUUUGCAAAACACCCAUUCCAAGAAGCACAAAAACUAGCUAUUGUAAAUGCUCAUUACUACAUCCCAGAUGAAGAUCAUGAAAGAAUUGGAACAAAACUUAGAGACCUUAUAAGGCUAAUGCUCACUCCAGAUCCCAGAAAGAGACCUGACAUCAAUAAGAUCAUUGAUAUUCUCGAAAAUUGGAAGGAAUUCGAUGAAAUCCCUCUAAACGAUGAUGCUUUCAAAAUUAAAUCCAAACAAGAAGCUAUAUCUCAUGCUAAAAAUAUGAAAUACACUGAUAUGCAGGCAGAUCUGCUAGGUUUUGAUGAGGAUCCUUUCCAGAAGCAAUUUUCAAACGAUGAUUUUUCUUCAGGAUUUGAAAAACCAGUUCAUCUCAAGCACAGUUCGUCAAUGAAACCUCCACAGGUGCCACCACCAGCUUCAACAGGUUGGGCUGAUUGGGGCAAGCAGACUUCCCAACACACCACACUUAAAACAGAAAAUAUGUUUGAUUUUGGAGGUUUUGAACAAAAAUAAUUCUCAAGUGAACAGUACUGAUAGCUGGUUUGAUUGAGCUGAUGCAUUCGGCGUUGAAACUAGGCAACCCUCCUCUGGUGGUCAAAACUAUUCAACAGCUACCCAAAAGAGCAGUAGCAGCAAGGAAGAAGUAAAGCAAGACCCGACAAUGAACUUCUUCGAUUUUGGAACGUGUUAAAACCAAAACUGAAACUGAAAAUUCAUACUUAU